AUGGAGAGGGAUUGUCCAAUGGAUGAAGAUCACAUUUGGUCGCAAGGGUUAAAUGAUGAAGUCCGGGAAACUCAAGGUUGCUGUAUUCCUCCAAAAACACCAGCUUCUCUAGCCUCGCCCACUGUUCCACCUGCUUUACAGGCACUUUUACCAGCUGAGCUGCAGAAUUCGCACAACCCUUUGAUGCCAUUGCAGCACACAUACACAACCUAUAACCCAUCACCAUAUUUCGCGGUUCAUCAUCGAGAGACAACUCAAUACUUUAACACUGAGGAUGUUUCCUUGCAAUAUCCCUACCAUCAAGGUCUCAUUCACCCACCAUCAAGACAAUAUCAUCACAGUUAUGAUGAUAGUGCAUAUUUCAGGCCGAAUCCGACAACUUUGGAAUGCUAUCGCAAUUAUUAUGACUACGGACACUUGAAUGUUGUUCAGUACUUGCAGCAAAACCAACAGUUUCAGCAACAACAAAAUUACUAUGAGAAUAUUCAGGACAAUUGGAAAGGCACUUCAAAUGUGGCGGGCUGUAGUUGGCUAGAAUUCAGCAUGGCGAUGCACAAUUUACAUCAACCCGCCGCCAAUCUUUCCCCACACAUCCAACAAAUGGCCGCCACAUUUGAACAAAGACAAGGGAACAAUUACGAAGAACCAUCACCUGAAGCAGAAGUGAGUGGUGCAUCUGCUGGAUCAGAAGUGCGACAUAGUUCCUGCAACCCUCCGCCAGCUGUGAAGCCGAAUCUGUACUCAGCUCUGCUGGCCAUCACUCAGAGAGUACCCAACAUGUGGCAUACACACUUCAGCAGUACAAGAGAGAAGUUCUCAUCCAUUUGCGUGGCAGGAGCGGAUUUUGAUUUCUUGAAUUUGAUGGGGCGUCCAACAAUCACUCUACGAUUGCGCGACAAGGCGGCAUGGAGGGCGAUUUGGCCCCACCAAAUGGAGAUGAUUACCAGCAAGAACGGCAGAAUGAAUGGUGUGAUUGACCAUCUUUCUCGCAGGAGAAUAUUCCCCACCCUCACAGUCAGCGUUGAGGGCUUGAACGCCGAUGAAAGGUACACGUUUUUCUUGGACUUGAUGCCAAAAGAUCAGAAUAUAUGCAGAUUUCAAUCCGGCCGUUGGAUUGCCAGUCAGAUUCCCAAGCCUCCUCCGCCUAAUCAAGAUACUCUUAUCUAUGUGUCACGCAGCGUAUGUGAAUGGGGAUCGAAGCUGAUGGCGGGUGGAGUGGAUUUUAAGCUCGUCAAGAUCACUAACAACGCUUGUACGGCAUUGCGCAAAAAUCAGAUAUUUGCUCGCGGCAUGCAGAUCUACCUCCCGCGCUACCACAUAGUGCGUCACGUGACAUCAGAAGAGGCAGCAGCGUGUCAACCUGAUGAAAGUGGAAGGUGUAGGGAUUUUCCAGCAGACCUCAAGCAUGUAGGCACCUACGUCAUUCCAGAAACAGAAUUCAUAGCCGUUACUGCCUACCGCAAUAAACACGUUUCUGACGCGAAGAUCAGUAUAAACCCCUACGCCAAAGCAUGCAAAAAUCGUCGGCGCUCCGCAAAAUCGUCAAAUUAG